AUAAGGAAGAAUAUUCUUGAGAUAACGCAUACUUGAAGUACAAAAAUAUAUUGAUAUUUGCAUAGUUUCAUAUUUUGAUUUAUUUUUUUAUCGAUAGAAGCAGAUACUGUAGUGAAACAUGGCGGCACGAGAUGAACAGGACAGACCGUGGUUGACAGUUUCACUGUUUCUUUCAUGUUUGACAGGACUAGUGUUACAAGUGCUUAGUGUUGCAUAUUCGUAUCAAGGACUGUGUAACAAUGUACCGGCGGACAGGGUAUACUGUAUGAACAGUACAGACAAUACGGGGAAAUUGGAUAAUGAGACAGUGGAUGAUCCAGUGGGUGUUCAGCACUAUGGAGGAUAUUUUGCUUUUAUAGUAAUCACCCUCUUUACUGAACUCUUAGUUGUCGUGAAAGUAAGCCUCAAAAUCGAGUGCUGUGUUAAAAUCUUCUGCAUCCCCUGCUGUGCUCGAAUUUGGGAAUGCUUCGUUUGUUGUGGAAAUUGUUGGUACGUUAUGGCUGGAAUCAGUGUUGUUUUCAAUUUACUUGGGAUUAUAAUCGUGUGCAUGGGAGUUCCAUUCAGUGAUAUGAUAUUCUACAUUAUCGGCUUCAGACUUGGAUUUGGAAAUCUACUAUUUGGGUUUAUCAAGCUUACAGUUUGGACGUCUUAUUCAAUAUAUAGGCGAAGUUGUUGUCCAGACUCAGGAUAUUACCUUGGUUCAAGUCGAAGAUUAUCAGAUACAUAUAUCAAAACUACAAGAGUAACAACAGAAGUGGCAAGAAGGAGAAGAGCAGAUGGUACAAUUAUCGAGAAUAGUCAGGAAGUAGGGAGAGAAAACCUUGGUUCUAGAAAAGCACAGAUUAUCUGUGUUUAAAAAUUACUUUGUUGAAAUGAGAUCCAAACUUCUAGUAUAUAUAUAGCCUUAUUUAUAAACAUUAAUGAACUUGAGAGCACCGGAGUGCUGGAGGUAACAAAUACAAUGUUGGCGAAAUAUUACCGGAGUCGUUCAGUGAAUAUGCGAACCAAAGCUCUGAAUGAGACUCGACACAAAAUAUUAUAUUUAGACAAGGGAGUUAUAUAGCAUCUUCUCGCAUAUACAUUUGUAUUUUGACAAAUCCUGCCUUUUGUGACACUUCAACUUCUAUUUCUCUCUCUCGCAAUAAUUCAAAACAUACGAGAGCAUGAGACCAAAUGUUUCAAUGUACAAUCAGAUAUAUUCCAUAAAUCUAAAAUGUUUUUAAAAACAAGAAAACAAUUACAGCUUAUUUAUAAUACUACUUUAUUUCAAUAUUUUAUAAUAUCAAUGUCACCUAUGCAUUCUAAAUAGCAUAUUGUGAAAUACAAGCAAAAUUAGUCUACAAAAAUUCGCCGAUUUCACAUAUUGAAACUACCGGUAUCGUUACGAAUAGGAUGACACGUUGCACAAAACGGAGAUAAAGUAAUGAGAAGAGUGCAUGUAAUUGCUCUGUUUACACACGUGCAUUAUUUUUCAUAGAAAUUUGAUUACAUGAAAACAAGAUUUGAUAUAAAUUAGUCUAAACUUCAGAAAAACUGAAAUAAUAUGUUUUACAAAAUCGAAAAUAUACUAAACAUCUGUUGAUUUGAUAUCUUUAUAUAAAUGUGGUUCGUUGCUAUGAUAUGUCGCUGCUUUUGUUUCCUUAGAUCUGCCUGUAAGGUUGUAUAUGAAAGUACAGACAAAUCC